ACGCACUACAGUCCAUUUAACAUGAUUUCCUAUGGGACAGGUUCACAUCUCUGCGUUUUCACCCGGUGGGUUUUUUGUAAAGGGUCAGGGACUUUUUUAAAUGCAAAAAGCUGCCUUUUUGGUUCUAUAUACUUCAAUGGAAACUCUGCAGAAAAGCAUGUACUGCAUUUUUGCUGCAUUUUUGCUGCGUUUUGCGUUUUAAACCUACCUAGCAACAAGAAAAAAAAAAAAAAAAAACACAAAAUGCAUCAAAGAUGUGGCAAAACUGCAUGUGCAUAAACGCACUGCAGAAAUGGACCAAAUGCAAGCUGCAUAGGUGUGAACCUAGCCUCA